UUCAGUUGUUUGGUGAUUGUUGUGAAGAUGCCUGAGCCAGCCAAGUCAGCUCCUGCGGCUAAGAAAGGGUCCAAGAAGGCCAUCACUAAGACCCAGAAGAAGGGGGACAAGAAGCGCAAGAAGAGCAGGAAGGAGAGCUACUCCAUCUAUGUCUACAAGGUGCUGAAGCAGGUCCAUCCGGACACCGGCAUCUCCUCCAAAGCCAUGAGCAUCAUGAACUCCUUUGUUAAUGACAUCUUUGAGCGCAUCGCUGGAGAAGCCUCUCGCUUGGCCCACUACAACAAGCGCUCCACCAUCACCUCCAGGGAGAUCCAGACCGCAGUCAGGCUCCUUCUUCCAGGAGAGUUGGCCAAACAUGCCGUCUCCGAGGGCACCAAGGCCGUCACCAAGUACACCAGCUCCAAGUAAAAGGGAUCCGCUUCCCAACCAGACCCAAAGGCUCUUUUCAGAGCCACCCACCUUCUCAUUGGAAGAGCUGUGAUUCUCUAAACUUUGUGAGUUAUAAAAUAAGAUGGCAAGCCAGUGUUCCUUCAGAGAGUUCUCCCAACUUGGGUCAAAUGGCACUGUCUCUGAGGGCACCAAGGCUGUCACCAAGUAUACCAGCUCCAGGUAGUUCUCCUUUCCCUGCUGUGCAGACUUGGAACCUGCAAAUGAUUUUCAGUGCAAAAUCUUUGAUUCUGUUUUUAACUUUGGAAGGAUUGUUGGCAGGGUUACAUCAAGUGGGCUGGAGAGCCAAGGCAAAUUGUGCACACAGUUCUUGUUUAAGCAUAUAUUUUUUGGAAGUCUGAAAUUAACCUACGCACAGAUUUGUAAAGCUGGCAAAAUUACCCAAAGGACUUUGUUAGCCUCCCUCCCCUGCAUUCUAGUAUUUAAAACUGUAAGAAUAAAAAGCUAGGAAAUAAAUACAGUACUUUAGUCAUGUGAAAA